AUGGCUACGAACGGAGCCCAGGAGGCUUUUGCGCCGCCCGAUGUACUGGCUGCUGUCAUGACGAUGCGGAGCGGGGAGCAAGACGCAAAGAAGCAUGCCCACGAAUACUUGGAGAGAUUUCAGAAAUCGAAGGAUUCAUGGGCAACUAUAAUAGGUAUUCUGCAGUCAGAUGCUGAGCCAGAGGCCACUCUAUUUGCUGCCAUCACUCUUCGUGGAAAGAUUACAUACGAUCUAUCGACUCAAGUCCCUGCUAGCGAGCUGCCCGCCCUCCGAAGCCAGAUCCUCCUGCUUCUAAAGCAUUUCGCCCCUGGACCCAAGCCCAUCCGUGUCCAGCUCUGUGUAUGCCUGGCCAUCCUCGCAAUUCAGAUGAAGGAAUGGGACGAUGUCCUAUCAUCUGUUGUCCAGUCACUCAGCGACAGCCCCGAGAGUCACGCUUGUAUUCUGGAUUUCCUGCGGGUUCUUCCCGAAGAAGUUACCGAAGGUCGAAAGAUCACCUUGUCUGAAGAAGACCUUGCCAUGCGAACGCAAGCUCUAUUGGCAGACAACGCGGGCCAAGUUGUCCAACUGCUCAUUAACUACUCUCAGUCUUCACCAGCUGCUGCUCAGAACCCUCAGUUGAUGGAAUGCAUCACAUCCUGGCUUCGAGAGGUCCCGAUCGGCGACGUUGUCAGGUCGCCUCUCAUGGAUAUCGUUUUCAACGGCACGACGAGCGAUAACUGCAGCCAGGAGGCUUCAGAGUGUCUUUGCACCAUGCUUCGAGAAACCAGCGAUGUAGACGAGAGCCGAGAGAUCAUCGAAAUGCUAUUCCCUCGAAUCAUCUCACUCAAGCCUCAAAUCGCAAAGGCAGCUGACGAGGAAGACACUGAGACACUCAAGGCUUUGACCAAAGUGUUCGCGACGGCCGCAGAAAGUUGGGUUGUCGGAAUCGCACGUCAGCCCGCACACUUCCGGCCUUUGGUCGAUGCAACUUUGGAGUGCGCUGUUCGAGAUACCGAGCGGGAGGUUAUUGAACAUACCUUUAACUUCUGGUAUGAGCUCAAGCUCUACAUUGUGCUCGAUAUCUACAUUCAGGGCCGACUUGAGCUAGUCGAUGUCUACUCAAAACUGGUUGAUGUUCUUCUCAAGCACCUCGAGUACCCCAAGCCGGAAUCGGGCAACGAAAACGAUUUGUUCGAUGGUGACCGAGAGCAAGAGGAGAAAUUCAGAGAGUUCCGACACCACAUGGGCGAUACACUUAAGGAUUGCUGUGAGGUGAUGGGUGUUACAGACUGCCUCACCAAGGUUCUCCAAUCCAUACAAUUGUGGAUGUCCAAGUAUGCCAACCAGGUGACUGACACAGUGGUCCCUCACUGGCAGGAGCUGGAGGCGCCUCUGUUUGCUAUGCGCGCCCUAGGACGUAUGGUUGACAAGGACGAGAGCAUUGUCUUGCCUCAGCUCAUGCCUCUUCUUGUACAAAUGCCCAGCCACGAGAAACUUCGUUUCGCAACCAUCAUGGUUCUUGGCCGUUAUACAGAAUGGACAGCUGCACACCCUGAAUAUCUCCAGCCUCAGUUCAACUACAUCGUCACAUCGUUCCAGUCAGAUUCCAAGGAGAUCAUCCGCGGUGCUGCUCUGGCCAUCAAGUACUUCUGCACAGAUUGCAAGCAUCUCCUGAGCGGUCAGGUGCUGCAGCUCCAGGAGUUCUAUGACCAAGUUCUAGACAAGCUUCCCGACCUGAGCAAGGAGGAGAUCACAGAGGGUGUAGCCAACGUUGUGGCAAGCCAGCCUACGGAGGAGGUGUACCGGCUGCUCAAGGUUUAUUGUGAUCCCUUGAUUCAGCGAUUGAUGACAAAGGCCAACGUUGCCACUGACGAGGAUGGCAAGUUGGCUCUCGCAGAUCAUCUGCAGCUCAUCACCAUAUUUGUUCAGUAUGUUGUGCCUCCUGUCAACCCAGGCCAGGAGAAUCCUGCUGUCAAGUAUUGGCAAGAGGUGUUCCCUAUUCUGUCCACCGUACUGGACAACUUUCUGAGCUUCACACCCAUUUGUGAGCGUGUGUGUAGGUGCUGGCGCAAUAUGGUCAUUUCUCACCGCACAGCUAUGGCUCCGUUGCUCCCCGAAAUGGCAAACAAACUCGCCGGUGGUUUCAACAACUCCAGGGAAGGCUGUUUCCUGUGGGUGACUUCGGCAAUCCUGCGUGAGUUUUCCGAGGCUCGCGAGCAUGUUGACCAAGCUACCACCGAAAACAUCUACACCUUCUUUGAAGCCCAGACAACAACCUUCCUUCGAGUCAUGACGGAACUGCAACCUAAGGAACUUCCUGACGUUAUCGACGACUUCUUCCGCCUCCUGAUUGACGCUCUUCUCUAUUACCCCCAGAAGCUCAUCCCCUCUCACUUGCUGCGAUCCAUUUUCGAGGCAUCCAUCUAUGCUCUGACUCUUGAGCAGCGAGAUCCUCUCUCUUCGACACUGCACUUCCUCCGUGACCUGCUCUCUUACGGUGGCGACAACCCCGCUACCAGCGACGGUCUCCCUGAGGCCGCGGCAUCUGAGAUGAAGAACAUUGUCAAGGGCUUGCUGCAGACCCUCGGCGAGAACUUGGUAAAGCAGAUCAUGGCAGGCAUGAUGAUCACUUUCCCCCGCGACUGUUUUGCCGACGGUAGUGGCGUUCUCUUGGCCUGCUUUGAGCUGGUUCCACUCGAGACUCACCAGUGGGUGGCCCGCACGAUAGAACUACUGCCCGAGGGAACCGUCUCCCCGACCGAGGCCAAUCGAUUCCUUCUCAAGACCAAGGAGAAGCUUCAGUCAGGAGAUCCCAGCGCUAUGAAGAAUGUGCGUGCGAUUCUGCAAGAUUUUACCAACACAUACAGGCGACGAAACGUAGCUCCUCGCGAUGGUCUUGGUCAGCUUGAGGCCACGCGCUUCCAGUUCUCUGGAUAA